CCCACUGCACUUUAGUCGCCAGACUUUUAUCGAAACGUGCACAUCACCAGCGGUCGCACACCAGCACACAAGGGGAUAUACACAAAUUGCUAUAUCCACUCUAUAUCCUUCGAACCGAAAAAUCACGCGAGUGCAAAUCAAAGAUUUCUAGCUUUCUUUAUUUUUCCAGUGCGAAAAGUAAAGCAAUUGCAUCCAUCCAACAGAGAGAUUAUCCUUUCGCCAAACAAACAAACAGAAAUGGCCGCCUACGCUGCUUUCAAACACGUUGAGCUUUACAAUGUUGGCAAAGCCAAAAAGAGGGUGAUGAGGCCCCCGGGCGGCGGAUCGAGCGACAUCUUUGGAUCGGAGAUGCCGCAGACCCCCAGGAACGUGAAGAAUCGCAUGGCCUCCAACAUAUUCGCUGCCGAGAAGGAUAAUGGAGUGAAAAACAACGUACGACAAGGAGCUCACAGAUUCUAUUUCAUUGGUGAUGCACCACGUCGCGGCCAGAAGACCGUCGACUCUCACUCUCGGCUGUUUGGGGAACCAACGCGCCCAAUUACGCCCGGCAAGAACCACAUGAAGAGCAGCAUUCCCUUCGGCGGGCAGAACGGGGAGACGGCCGCCGCCCAGAAGCUGCUGACCACCACCAAUGGCCACUACAACGGCAAGAGCGGAUCGGUGUCCUCGGCCUCGUCUUCGGUGUCGUCCUCCACCGAGAACCUCAAGAUGAACAGCGGCUCGAGAUCAGUCUUUCGCAAUAUGAGCACAGCUGGUCCAGAUAACAAAGCCUCAAGUCCACUUGAUCUCUUGUGUCCCUCGACCGCUGUGCCCGACGUCCGUCCAGUGGCACCGUCUGACGCCGCCCUAUCCAUUGAUAAUUCGUGCCAAGAUAACGAAAUCGGGGACGUGCCAGCGGAUAAUUCCACCUUCACCGAAUCCGAUAAGGUAGACCAGGCCAAUCAAACGCGCCGCGACUCUGGUAACAAUCCCGAUCAGCCGUUUUCGCUGAACAAGAUGUCGGGUGCUCCGGACUUGAAGGAGCCUCUGGAGCUCUGUCCGAACGAGAUUAAGGAGCCGACGCAGGAGUGCAAGCAAGACUCUCGCAAUCCAAUCACUGGGCUCGGUCUCAAUGGGGAUGGUGUUGGCGGUCUCAAGCCGAAGAAGCUAAAGAUUCGAGAGGGUAAUCCCGUCACAGGCGAGGGCUACAAGGCUGGAGCCAACGACUACCACCAGCGCCAGGAGUCGAACAACGGCGGCACUCCGGUGAUCAACAAGAACCGUGUCCCACCAGGCGGCUACUCGUCGGGACUCUGGUAAUAAAUACAGGAAUUGCUCAGAUCCCAGCACAAGCAAUGAGGGGCCGUCGUCGGGACGAGACACCAUAAGCAAAAAAAACCAAGAAAACAAGCAAAAAAAAAAAAUCAUACUACCCAUAUAAUAUUACGCAUAACCCCGUACCCAAGUAUCCAAUGCAAAACAGCUCAGAAAGUCGAAUGGCGGAUCGAUGGGAGAUGGCCAACGAAUAUUUAAGCGAGAGAAUACCAAUUGCUCAACGAUCUGAAUCUGCCGGAGGAUUAGCAUCGAUGCUGUACACCCAAACGAGAAUUAACCGACCACUUUUAGUUGGCGACGGUGCACUUAUCUUCGCUCACUACCAACCACAAUACCAACCACCACCACCACCACAACCCCAUUGCAAAUUUGUAAUUUAAAUUCCUUAGUUCGUGUAAUUUCAUAAGCGCGUGUAGCCUGUGUGGCCCCCAAAAAAGAUACGCCCACUUUGAAGCAUCCGAUCCCCGACCCCGCAGCAUUCUACGUAUUAUAUAUGAUACUCCGGUUAGGUAGGGACAUCUAUUUACAUCCCGGUGUGAGCGUGUGUGUGAGUGGGACGGAACAGGAAGCAAGGAUUCAAGCGGCGGAGGCGGCCGGAUGGGGUCCUUCAAUCACACUUGGACUUCAAAUUUAAUUCUAGUUGCAUACUACACGCCACAUCUAUAUUUAUAUUUAUACCAACCGCAUCCACACGAACACUCACAUAAACACAUACAUGAUAUACAUUGUAUUACAUUACAUUAAAUAUGUAAUUUAAACGGUACGCCCGCACGUACUAAUGUGCACGUACUAAUUAAGUGUAAAAUACAAAAUUCAAGCGCGAAUCUUUGUUCAAUAAAAAUCUUUCGUACAUAACUAUA